UCCUGUCUGUCCCAUCCCAGAUAACUGCUCGCGUCCAUCAGUGAGGUUGCGCUCUUCACCUUUGCUUCAUCAGAAGGAGGCACCGCAGCCAAACACUGUUCACCCUGCUGGGAAUAUUUGGAUUUGUUCUUCACAUUCUUUUAGGCAGAAGAGUUUUUUUCAUUUCAUCCUGUUGGGUUGUUUGGAGCCCAAUUCAACUGGAGAGAUGCGGGACACGUGGAUUGAAGCGGGAUUUUCUCAUUUCUUGUAACUUUUUAAUCACGCCGAUACUUAAAGAUUCAGGAGCUGACGCCCGUCCAAAGCGCUCGCUGGUGUGAAUGUAUUCCGGUUCCUCAGUCCACAGACGGGUUGAGAGGCGGCGGGGCAGCUGGGGACACAGAGCGGCCGGGCACACCUCAUGACUCUGAACAAACAGAACAGAUGAAGCAGACUCACGCCUGACACUGAAAUGGAGCUCUGACGGUGCAUGUUGGACCGCAAUAACCCCAAACUUUCAAGAACUAACAUCAAAAUAUUCAUUUCUGAUUUAUGAUAUUAAUGUUGCCUGUCUUCCAUAGAUCUAUUAGCUAUAACUCUCCCACCACAUCACUCGCUCAUGUCUAUUAACUGGAGUAUAAAUAGUUGAACAAAAGGCAACUUUAGAGCAAGAGCCUGAAACCCGACUCCCUUACUGAUUCCUCCCUUUGUAACUCUAUAUCAUGGCAGGCAGGUGCAGGAGAGUGAUUCAGACCUGAAGAGACUGGUCCUGCUGCUGUCUGUACAGUACCUCUCCAAGGUGCUGGAGGAGAUUGAAGCGGCUUCCCAUCCUGUUGUUUAAAUGCCGACCACUCCCUCUCAGUUGAGGUCCUGGUUUCAGCCAUAGAGCGAUUGGGCACCAUUGACCUGGAGCGUGUGUGAGUGAGUUUUGAUUCCGAGGGCAGCAGACAGUCUGUUUCUCCUCAGUCAGGAUGGCUGCAGUUCAAGACCUGCUGCUGCUCCUCCCUCUGCUGUCCCUGGCACUUCAAGCAUCUGUGUGCCAUGGAGCCUGCGUGGAAGUAGAAUCGGACACUGAGGCGGCGGCCUACAGCUUCUUCAAAGUGGGCUGCAUCUCCUGUAAGCAAAGGGGCGAAGUGGAGGCUGUGGCGUCGGUCAACUGGUACUUCAAAGGGACGGAGGACACCAAUUUCACUCAUAUAUACAGUUACGAGAACAAAAAGGGUGAAGUCAAGAACGAGCGCUUCGAGUUCCGUCUGACCUGGGCGGGCAGCAAUGAGACCCUGGAUCUCCAGGACGGCUCCAUCUUCAUCCACAACGUGACCUACAACGACACCGGGACCUAUCACUGCGUGUUCAACCGCCGCCUCAUCUACACCAACUAUGAGUGUUUGAACAAGACGGCCAAGCUGAUCCACGUCAAGGUCGUGCCCAAACUCACCAGAGGGAUGGCAUCCAUCUUGUCCGAGGUGAUGAUGUACGUCUCCAUCAUCGGGCUGCAGUUCUGGCUGGUGGUGGAGAUGAUUUACUGCUACAGGAAGAUAGCAGCUGCGGGAGAGGAAGCCCUGAGAGAGAGCGCGGCGGAGUAUUUAGCAAUAGCAUCUGAAAGUAAAGAUAACUGUGCAGGUGUGCAGGUGGCAGAAUAGCAGCGGUCGAGGAAAAUAUCAAGGCGGCUUUAGUGAGAACUCUGGCGUCCACUAUCACUUCCUCUCACCGCCAUCACGUCACAUGACUGAAAGAAGGAUCACAUCAGCUCCGAAGUGCAAUGAGAGACAGAGUUAUUGGAUGAACUGAAAAACAGAGGCUGUAUAUCGGAGAUCAAACAUGCAAAGAUCAUCUCUGAGGUCACAUGUCAUGCGUACAUAUGUAUUGUUUACCUGCAUGUCCAUGAUAAUAUGAGGCAAAAGACAGCUUUUUACAACAAGCAUCUACACGUCUGAGAAUAUUUUACGGCAUCGUACUCAGAUUGAAUUACUUUAGUUUAGGGAAAACAACCAAUAGAAUAUAACUAGUUGGUGAUGAAGACUAUAAUCAAAUAUGCUGUUCAUCGUACUUACUACUCUAGUUUUACUGUACUAGGACGCCUUCUUAUUUUGGUGAUACGUCAACUUUAAAGUCAAUUUAUUUAAAACUUAUUUAAAAUAAAAGAUUAUUUCCGAAAUUGUAUAUUAAUUCUACAAUUAGAUAUAUUAGCUAACUUAUUUCAUGUCAGUUAGAAUAUUAUAAUAUAAUAAUAUUACAUUUUUGAUAUAAAUAGCUCACUUUUGAGUGAAAAAAAACAAAAACUAGCAACAGCUACUUAGUUAUUUAAUCAUCCUAAAAAUUACUGCCAGAAAAGUUGAGCUGUAAUUUGGGGUGAAACAAAUGAAUUUUUUAAGGUAAUGGAUAGGUUAUACUAUAAAAAUGCAAUUGUUCAAAGGUGGCUUAAGUUUCAUGUGACCUUGUCUAACGUUCUUUCCCAAGUGAAACCUUCUCCUUUAAAAUGUUUUCAUCUCAACACACAUUUACAUUUCAGCUACUGUCGAGCUUUUAUCAACAGAAUAACACUGUGAGAGUAAACAAAAGCGAAACCCUUCAGCACGUCUAACUAUUGUCACCCGUGAGUGGAACCAUCUUCAGUUGUCUGCUUUGCUCUCACCGUGUUGUGUACAUUUAAGGGCUUAGUAAAGUGUUUUUAUAAGACCACGCUUCCAUUUAGAAUUCCAUUGUGCCUCUCCGAAUGGCGCUGGUGGAACCAAAAUAAGAAGAGAAAAGUCAAAUCAAAAACUCUUCUUGCCUUUGAUAGGAAUUAAUGACGGGCAGCCAAACACUGCCACUUAUUUACAGCCUUUACUUAGGGGCCCAGAAAUGAUCUGACAUCUUAAACUGCCAACAUUUUAAUGCAACACAAACUUAAAAUCACUUUUAUUCAGUAAAUCUUUGACUGACUACAUAAUGGGCUAUCUUCAUAACUUCAAGUUGCCUGAAACUAACGCACAAAGAUGGGGAAAUAUCAAUAAAUAAACUAUUAAAACAAAAUAAAAACCUUUGUUUUUUGUCGUUACUUGUAGUGGUAGUUGUUGCCACAAGAUGUCUCUGUUGACAAAGAAACAAAUGUGUAUUCAGGGUAAACGCUAUGUUGCCGCAGCAAAUGCUGAAACUAUUUUUGACUAUUUUUAAUAACUUUUAAUCGUAU